AUGAUGCCUGCACGGAAUGAUGCCUGCACGCUCUACAAGUUGUCAGCCUUCCCUCCCCCUUCCCUUGUCAUUUCCAAAUCUCCUGCAUGCUCUACCUCACCCCAUGUUUCCGCUGCUCUGCCCCUUCGUGCCGCCUCUUUCCCUCAUCCCUCCCUCGCCAUGCUUCCCCCAUCCCCCGUAGCUUCCCCCUCCCAUGGCUCCGUGCUCUACAUCCGGUUCUGGAGGCUCCAGCCGUUGGUAGCGGCGGCCGCGGGUGAACGUGAGGGCGCCGGGCGUGAGGGCGUUCAAGCAGCUGAUGCAGCGCAUGCAGCAGGCCGUGCUGAGAGACAGCGGGCUACACGCACGUGUCCAACGGCUUCUCAGCGACCCUCACGCCCUCCCUUUCCCGCCCUCUUUCGACUUCUUAUGCACGCUUGCCCCCCUUCCUUCCCUCGCCUCCCCCUGUACGCUUUCCCUCCCCCCCCUCAGCUACGUGCUUACAGACAACAGCUUCUCCCUUGCCUGCCCUCUCUCAAUUUCCCCUGCACGCCCGCCCCCUUCCUUCCCUCUCCUGACCCUGUACGCUUUCCCUUCCCUCUCAGCUACGUGCACAUAGACAACAGCUUCUCGGCGGCCCUCACGGCAGCGCAGGUGCAGCGCAUGAGGCGGCACCCCUCUGUGGCGUCCGUCACGCCCUCUCGCACCGUCAAUUGCCGCGCCGUCACUGCCGCCGCCGACGGGCACAACAGACCACUAUCAUCAGCACUUUUUCCAACCUGGCUACCCCCCAGCACCCCACAUCCUCCCCCCCUCCAAGGCUACAGCAGCACGCUCCCUGCCUGGUGGGCGGGCACUACAAGCGACUUUGCAUGCAACAACAAGAUCAUCGGCGGGGGCAUCUUUCACGCGGGCUUUGAGAGCAAAUAUGGAGGACAGGGCCCCGGCAACGACGAGUUGGUCUCCCCGCGCGAUUCUGAUGGCCAUGGCACGUGGUCUGCCGGGGCGGCAGCGGGCAACAACGGCGUGGAGGUGCCUGGAGGGGGCACCAUCAGUGGUGUGGCUAUCAAGGCACGCCUGGCCAUCUACAAGGUCUACUGGGAUCUAGGCGGCCCUGGGGAGUCUAUUACUACCGACGCAGAUGUCUUUGCAGCCGUUGAUCAGGCCGUGGUGGACGGUGUGGAUAUGCUCAUGUUGUCCCUGGACAACACGCACAGAAACACGACCUGGGAUCAGUUUGACAAGUGGAAUUGGGCCUACUUUGACGAUGUGCCUUCCUCGGCGCUCUUGCGGUGGGCCGGAGUGAUUGUGUCCUUUGCAGUGGGUCAUUACUUGUAUGGUCCUGCCCCUGCCAUCGACAACUUUGCACCCUACUAUAUCAGCGUGGGGGCAAGUACCGUGCUCCAGUCCCUCACUUCAUCGUCUACAACGGCAGCAGCGACGGCUUUAAAAUCUCGAGCAAACACCACAGGUCUCGCACCAUCAACACAGCAAGGAACCCGACUCCCUGCCACCAUCUCCCCUGCAUCGACCUUCCUCCCCAUGGUUCCCAAAUGGUCCUCCAAGGGCCCUCUCGCUGCACCGGGCUGUAGUGUCUGCCGCCCGAAGAAGGCCCGCCCCUCCAACACCAUUCUCAAGCCGGACAUCAUCGCCCCGGGGGCCAACAUCCUUGCGGCUGCGCCUGGGACAACUGUAGGUGAGACGGGAUCAUUCUAG